AUGGCCCUUGAUACAAUUCAAAAAAUAUGUGAAGAUAGCGCUGUAGAAUUAUGUGAAGCAAUCGAUGUUCAAGAAAAUAAUACCCCCUUUGUUGAUUUUAUUAUACCUCGUUUAAUAUCAUUUAAUAAUCAUUCAAAACCUCAUUUUCAAGUUUUUGCUAUUUCAUCUAUAAAUCAUUUUGUACAACUCAGAUCACCGUCAUUUACUCAAUAUAUCGAAAUUUAUCUUCAAUCCCUGAUUUCUAUUGCCAACAUGAGUAACAUUGAGGUACGUCAAGAAACGUGUCAUUCCUUUGUCAUGUUACUCGAGAAUUAUACCAAUAAUCUUCUACCUUAUCUAAAUCAACUUAUUGAAUACAUGAUCGACUGUAAUAGUUCGACUGAAAAUACAAAGAUAGCCCUUGAGGCCUGUGAUUUUUGGCAGUUAUUUAUUAGUCUAGAAUCCAUUCAACCUUAUUUAAUGCCUUAUUUACCGAGUGUCAUACGUAGUCUUUUCAAAUCACUUGCUUAUACAGAUGAAGAUAUAGCCGUCUUUGGUGAACAAGAACAUGAAUCCGGUCAACGUACUUUAUUACUCGAGUUACGUCCAAGAUCAAGUCGAUAUCAUCAUCUUCAGAGAGGAAAUCACAUCAAUGACAAUGAUGAUAAGAACGAUGAUGAUGAUGAUGAUGAUCUUGAUCCUGAGGAUGAAGAACUCUUUUUAGAAUGGACCCUUCGAAAAUACAGUGCCACUUCCUUGGAUGCACUUACUUGUGCCUUUAAAUCAAAGGUAACGACUAUCUUAUUACCUAUCGUCACUGAGGCCUUUUCAAGUGAUGAUUGGAAGGUAGUAGAAAGUGGAAUCCUUGCACUAGGUGCUGCAGCAGAAGGUGGGAUGGAUGUUAUAGCGCCUGAACUUCCAAAAUUAUUACCUUUUCUUGUUACUAGCCUAUCAAAUCCAAAUACAUACAUUCGAUAUAUUACUUGUUGGACUAUCAGUAGAUUUUCAGAUUGGAUUAUUGAACAAUACAAUCAUUCUAUACAAAACCGAGAACAAUUUUAUGAACCAGUCUUACGUGAGCUUUUAAAGAGAAUUCUUGAUAGUAGUAGAAGAGUUCAGGAAGCUGCUUGUUCAGCUCUCUCAACAUUAGAAGAAAAGGCAACAAAACAGGAACUUGCACCUUAUUUGAAAAUCAUUCUUAAUCACCUUUCUAGAGCAUUACGAUUAUAUAAAAAUAGAAAUUUACGUCUUUUAUAUGAUACUAUUGGAACCCUUGCUGAAUCUGUAGGCUCUAGUUUGAAUCAACCUGCUCUCAUUGGCGUUCUAAUGCCUCCCUUAAUUUCAAAAUGGAAUAAAUUAAAUAACACAGAUUCAGACCUAUUUCCAUUAUUAGGGUGCUUAACAGAUAUUGCAACAUCAUUAGGAAGAGGAUUUUUACCAUUUACAGAGCCUGUAUUUACAAGAUGUGUUAUGUUAGUACACAAAACGAUACAAAAUGCUUUGAAUGAUAAUAGUUUCGAUGAAUUAGAUAAUGAAUUUAUUAUCAUGCCUCUUGAUUUAUUAUCAGGCAUUGUACAAGGUUUAAAAAAUGAAAUAGAACCCUUUUUACAAAGAUCUCCUUUAUUACCCUUAUUAGCUGUCUGUGCUCAUUAUAAUUCUCGUUAUGAAGUGUUAUCGCCUACUUUUGCUUUGAUAGGUGAUUUAGCAAAGGCAUGUUUUACAGCACUUAUUCCUAUCCUCGAUAAUAUUAUGCCUGAACUUAUUCGGCAAAUAAAAAAUAAUGACUCCACUUUUAAAUCAGCUCGAAACAAUGCUAUUUGGGCCAUUGGAGAAAUAGCUUUACGUUGGGAUAAGAAAGUGAUGAAAGACUAUGUAGAGCCUAUUCUGAAAUCCAUUGUACCACUUAUGAAUCCUCCAUUAGAUUUAAUAGAACUUCAUGAAAAUGCUAUGAAUACGAUAGGAAGACUAGGGGUUCAAAAUGCUGAAGUCAUGAUGGGAUUUUUAUCUCAAUUUGGUCUUCAAUGGCUAUACAGGUCCCGCAGUAUACCUGAAAAUGAAGAAAAAGAUAGUGCCUUUCAAGGCUUUUGUAAGAUGAUUCGACUCUAUCCUCAAGUUUUAAACCAAAUGGCAGUUAGGAUUUUAUUUGAAAUUAUUGCACAAUGGAAAAGUCCAUCAAAUGAACUCGGCAUAUUAUUUAGACAAAUCAUUAACGGAUAUCAAGGGCUUUUGACUACUGAUCAAUGGAAUAUGUUAUCUUUUGGAUUAAAUUAUCAAUAA